AUGUCUUGCCGCCGCCGCGCCGUUGCAUCCUCGCAUGUUCAGUUCUUAGCCAUGGAGGGUCGUCGCUGUCUGUUGUCCGCCGCUCGGCCUUAUUUGCAAAUAUUUUCCGUGUUCGCGCUGACGCCGCCGCCCAACUUCUUUGACCGAACGGGAUACAGGCGAUGUAUGAGGCGGUACUUGAUAGUGGGUUAUGCGCUCUAUUCACUCUUAAUUCUUGGCAUUGUCAUACUCAUGUCCUAUGUGAAUGUGGUGGCCUUGAACGAGGAAAUCAGAGAGUUCCACCUGGAAGAUUUCACCAAGGCCAUGGGCAGAGUGCAAAAGUUUGUGCUCGCCACCAUGGGAAUUGCCAACCACCUGAACAUGCUGCUGAACUUCCGACGAUUGGGCCACAUCUAUGAGGAUAUUGCAGAUCUGGAAAUGGAAAUAAAUGAAGCCUCGCAGUGCUUUGGCGGACAGCCGGGGGCGAACAGUUUUCGUUACCGUUUGGCCAUCAGCUGCGGCCUGUGGCUCGUCGUGCUGGUCGCCUUGAUGCCUCGAUUCACGAUCCAGGCCAUGGGGCCCUGGGUGACCUUUCCCAACAAAAUUCUCUCUGAGCUCAUUCUAAUAAUGUUGCAGCUCAAGUGCUUGGAGUAUUGCGUGUUUGUGGUGAUGGUUUAUGAGCUGGUACUCCGCCUGCGACACACGCUGCGGCAGCUGCAGGUGGAGCUGGUCGACUGCAAUCAGCGCGACAUGCUGCAGGCUCUGUGCGUGGCUUUGCGACGCAAUCAGCAGCUACUCGGCCGUGUCUGGCGACUGGUGGGUGAACUGGAGAUAUACUUUACGCUGCCCAUGAUGUUUCUGUUCCUCUUCAACGGUCUCACCAUUCUGCACGUACUUAACUGGGCUUACAUCAACCAAUUCAAUCCGGAUGAUUGUUGUCGCUAUGUCAGAAUCGGCAACUGCAUGCUGCUGCUAAUCAAUCCUCUCAUGGCCUGCUCCCUCAGCCAGCGUUGCAUCAAUGCUUACAAUAGCUUUCCACGCACUCUUCAUCACAUUCGUUGCCUGCCUGUGGCCAGCAACUACCCCAUACUAUCCAUGGGCUUGCGGGAAUACUGCUUGCAGCUGCAACACCUCCGAUUGCUCUUCACUUGUGGCGGUUUCUUUGACAUCAACCUGAAGAACUUUGGAGGGCUAAUUGUCACCAUUCUGGGCUAUACAAUUAUUCUCGUACAAUUCAAAUUUCAGGCCGUUGCGGAGCAAAGCGUUCUCUUCAUUCCGAAUAACAAAAGCUCUACCAAUUACGCUUAA